AUGGUUGUCGGACGUCUCGAGCAAGCGCUCGUGCAGCUUGUCCAGGGCACACGCGGGUGCUUCGUGUCGCCCAAGAUCCGCGUGAAUCGCUUUCCGUCCAUGGGCUUGGGCGUUCAAGCGGUCGCUCAGAUUCCUGCCGGCGAAACUCUCUUCGUGGCGUCCAGCGAUCUCUGGUACGAUGUCUCUGCGCCCGGUGCCCGCGCCAGCGCCAUGGCUGAAGCCCCGGCCUUUCUCGAGCGCGUGGACACGUACUGUCAGAAGAAUCGCCGCAUGGCCGACGCUGUGCUUCUCGCUACACACGUCGUCAUGAAGGACCCGAGCGACCUUUACGUGAGCACGCUCCCGCCGCAGAUCGACGUGCCCAUGUACUGGUCGGAGCGACGCCUCGACGAGCUGCGCCAUUGCGACGUCCUCGACACGAUCCAAGACGGGCGCGCGUUCUACCGCAACAUGUAUUCGCACCUCUUUGGCGCGCAGCCCAUCGUGAGUCCCGCCGAGUUUCAGUGGGCGCUGACGCUGCUCAUGUCGCGCGCGACGUCGGGCGCCAACCAGCCCUUCACGCUCAUCCCGUAUUUCGAGUGGUUCAACCAUUCUGCGUCGGCGUCAGCCUGCCACCACGAGUACGUGGCGAACGACGAUGCGUUUGUCGUUACUGCGACGGCCGACCACGCGCCUGGCGACCAGCUCUUUAUCAACUAUGGCAACCACACGCAGUCAACGUUUUUGCGCCACUACGGCUUUGCCUCCAUGGCGCAGGCGACAGUUCUGGAUCCGCUCCAGAUCAAGCAAGAUGUGGCAAUCACAGACGACGUAUCGAACCCGGAGUUGACGCAAGCCAAGAUCUCGUGGCUCGAAUCCAAGGGAAUGCCAACUGCCAAGUCGGUGCCGCUCACGAUUCAUAUCGAGCACCUGGACAAGCACCCAAUGGAAUGGGAGUGGCUGCGCGUAUAUGUAGCAAGCGCCGACGAGCUUGCGCACCGUCAGCGACACGGCGAGUGGCAGCCGUCCAACCAGCGGCGCGUGUGGGCGUGGGUCACCGCCUACUGCCAGGGUCGUUUGGCCAAAUACCGGACAACCGCCGAGGAGGAUUACGACUUGCUUCGGAACGAAGAGGCCCCGCUGGAGACGUGGCGCGCCUCGUGCGUCCACGUGCGAUUGGGCGAAAAGAUGAUUUUGAAGAGCCUCCUGGACGUAAACGCGCAGAUCCAAGCCGACUCGCGAUCUUAA